CCGGGGCCGUUUGCGGCUUCAGCGCACACGCUUGUAAACAAAUCAAGCGAAUCGCAGACGGUCUACAAACAGACGGCGACGAAAGUGAACAACUCCCGCAAAUAAAGUUUUUCAACGCACACACACAACCCCGCACGCUAGUUCUAUGUCUGGAAGGAAACACCGAUGGAUACGGGUACAUUUGCUCAGGACUUCUUCUGUCGGCUGUGCGCUGCGGAAGGCAUUGUAAUACACCCGCUCUUCCCGCCGGGCGACAGCGAUCCCAAGGAUGAGCUGGUGCGAAUGAUCGCGGUGCUAACGUCGGUCCACCUUGCCCAAACGGAAGAGGCCGGGGCGGUCAUCUGCGACAAGUGUUUGCAAAUGCUGGACCUGUUUUGUAAGUUUCGCGAAGAGUGUCUCAGGCAGGAUGUGCUUAUCCGCACGAGACGCACGAUACUGCUGGAGCAACAAAGACAGCAGCAGGAGCAGCUUGUACAGCAGCAGCAGCAGCAGCAGCAGCAGCAGCAGACGUUUUUUAAUCAACAGCAGAGUCUAUCGCUCCUGCACCCGAUAGUGGAGAUAAAGGUGGAAGAUGUGGAACCGGUUGCAGCGAUCGAGCCGGAAGAGAUUCUUUGCACACCUGUGCAUCAGUUUGCAGAGCUGGACGAUUGUAAAGAGGAGGAGGAAACGCUACCGAUAACAGCGGAACCAUUUUUAGUCACGAACGAAUCACCAACGGUCUCGGUAGUAAGUCAACCAGUACUGCAGCCAUAUCCGAGCGUCACACAUGACAACAGUAUGCUUAGCACUAGUCUUAACGAUAGCACUGGCUUCCCACUGGCCGGUAUAGCGGUACUUACACCCAUCAGCAAUCUUUCGAUCACCGUUCCGACAAGCGAAUCCUCACCGGAAAGUACUGAUGCUCCGGACGACGGGACGGUCGUUUGUGAGGCCGAUAAAACACCCCCAGCGCGCAGUAGGAAGCGAGGCAAGGCGAAACCAAACUUUAAAAAACCACCGCCCGACUGUGAACGGUGCCAGGAAAGCUUUGCCACGCACUACGAGCUUCAGCAGCACAUGAACCAGCAGCACGCGUGGGACCGCGGUAACCGUUGCUCGUUGGCGUGCGAUCCGUGCCAGAUGCGGUUCACCAAAUCGUACAACCUGAAGCGGCACCUGUACGAGGUGCAUGGUGAGGUACCGCAGGGCCUGACGGUGACACCGUGCGCACACUGCGGGGAGCGAUUUCUGCGCGGCAACAUCCUCGAACGGCACAUCGCCCGGGUACAUCAGAACAAGAAGGUGCUUAAAGUACGUGCCAUUAAAUCCACCUAAUUAUGCUAAGAGUUUUGCUGUGAAGUGAUCGUACGACUAUUAGGCGAUCAGAGCAGUUCGAGCUGAGAGUUCCUAUCGCGAGGAGCAACAAGCGAGGAAGAAUUUAUUUUAUGGAAAUGAUAAAGUGUGUUUUAGAGCGUAUCAGUACCAGUAUUAAAGGGGGAAACAGUCUCCAAAACAACUGAUAUGAGCUCAGUCGCUGGGAGUAAUGAAGGAAUUGAAUGCUUAAUGUCAGUCAACAGGCGGUAAAGGUUGAGCCAGAUGUUGAGCACAACAUCGAGGAUGUCUGUCGAAUCUCGCCGACGUCAUGAACUAUCCGUCUGCUAUCUACGUCGCGAUGGAAAAUGUCGGAAUCGGAUCACAUCGACAUCUUCAGAAUGGCAACAUGUGGGACGGAAAUGUGAAGCCAAAAUGAAUUGGAUGAGCAAUCAAUGCAACGAAGACAAAGUCUUCCUUGACCAAGAUCUCUAUACAGCAGAGGAUUUGUACUAUCGUAAAAACGAUCCUAACUUUAUGCUGCGCUCUCUAUAUCGAAAUCCACAGAUACAUUGUUCGGGAGAAGCCUGUCUACUUUGUGCAUAACCACAAACUGCCACUGAUCCUUGAGAUAACUGCAAUAACGCACGAAAUGGAAGAUGUUUUCCUAUACCGGACCAGACAAGACGAGAACUAGUCUCUUGGUGGUUGAUUUUGGCUCAUUUCCUGGACGACCGCUGUGUACAGAAGCUUGCUAUACAAUUUGCCGCCAUAGCGGAUAUCCUGAAGGUGAUGAAUACCGGCAAAUAGAACAUGUCCAACCAGAGAUGAGGCUUACCUAAACAUGUCAGCAAAAGGGAGAUGUUUUAAAACUUUUCUUUUCAAAAGAUCUCGAUUGCUAUAAAACCCCUUUUGUAAAAUAA